AUGACUUUUCACUUGCAUCGGCUUACUUCAGAUAGAAUCGGGUGGCGACGAGCUCAUGCAAUCAGCCCUUGCAUUUCUAUUAGACCCUUGGUACUGCUUACAGCUUUACUUUUCAGCUUAAAUAAUUUUAAUGGCAAGACUUUGGCUGUAGCUGCUGCUACUUCUCCACUCCGUCAAAGUCCUGAAGCUUCGAUAAACAUCAACAAUAACGUGGUGCGUCUAUUGGCAGGUGGAGCUUACGAAGUUGGUAGCAACGUUUGUAACAAUCCAGCGUCUUUCCUGGGUGUGGGCAACACGAAUUGUCUACACGAGAACCUUUGGACAGCCGUGUUCCUCCUGGCAGUUAUUGUCGCAGUAUCCAUCGGAGUGGACCGACUUAAUCACUACAUUCGUGCCGCUAUCAAGUGUCCACAACUUCGUAAGAUUGUUAAUCGCAUCUUUGAAGAAGUGAUGAUCAUGGGGUUUCUAUCCAUGGUGAUUUUUAUUCUCAAUACGAGUGGCGCCAUGAUGUCGCUCGCUCUUGACAACCUUACGGCCUCGGAAAAGCUUCAUUUUUACGAGUUCUUCCACUAUAUCGUGUUUCUUACAAUGAUUUACUUCAUCUUUAUUGUCUUGUUGCUGCUUUUUAUCGGAACAGUCGUACCGAAGCUUGUUUGGGAGAUCCAGAAUCACUCAGACCAGCGUCGAGACAGCAUUAGCGACAUUCACAACGAAGGCGCUUAUCAAUCGCAGUUUCCGAGUUUUACUGGAAGUAGCAGUGACUACGGUGGCAAUAAAAACCGCAUGCGUCACUCUUUCAUUCGAGACGCGUCUUCGCUAAACCGCGACCUCCUCCCUCACACUAUGGGCAGCAGUAUCGUCGAUGACGCAUAUCACACACUCGAUACACCGGCUGGCGACUAUUACGUGACAACGCGAACGCGGCAAUGUUCUGACGGGGAUGGCGUUUACCGUUCCAUGGCUAUCAGGGCGAGAGCACUGUCUGGCAUGGACCUUGUUAUGGGUUCUCGAGCGUACAGCCUAUUGCUUCAGCGGUAUCAUCGCGAAGGUUGGUGCUUUCACUUUAACAUUCGCAAGCAGUGGAACCUGUGGAAAAGUUUUGAGAUCCUUGCGUACAACAUCUGCCAGCACAGGAGCGGCUACAUCUACAAAAACCCUCUUGAAAUGGAGCGACUAUUUGGUGUCCGGCCGACUCGCUUUCUUGGUUUUCAAGACGCCGCUCGCACUCAAGGAGAAAAUGGUGCCAAUGACGAAGACAAUGGCAACGGCAUGACUUAUGCCAAAUAUCACGUGCUGUGCAUGCGCAACUUGUUACUCCAUGUGACGAACAUCCCCCCAAUUGCGUUCCUGAUCCUCAUUAUUAUUUGUCUGCUGCCGUCUAUCUUUCCUGACCAAGAUCAUUGGAUCUCCAUUGGCGUGGGGGGUCUACUUUUGCUUCUAAACGUUGUCAUUUUCUUUAAGGUGCUGAAAAUUCUACGUGGUAUCGUAGACGACCGCCUUCGGAUCAUCUCUAUGCGAGACAUUCAGACGCGACUCGCGAAAGCACUUAAGAACUCGCAAAGUCACGAUCAAGGGUCCGAACAUCAGCAUCAUAAUAUCUCCGCUUCCGGCUCUUUGCCAGUAUCAGUUGAAGCAUCUAUUGCGGAAGAUUUCAACCAUUUUGAAGAAAAUGGCCCAAAUACUCUGCACAAUCGUCACAAAAAGGCACCAAAGAGGUUCAAGGCGGCUGCGCUCGCUGUCCGCGCUGUAAUUCGCAUGCAGAUGUCCGCGCUUUGUCAUCGACAGCUUCACUACCAUGAUGAUCGGUUUUGGUUUAACAGUCCCAAAUUUUUGCUGCGAUUCUUUCAGUUUGCUACGAUUGGACAAGCCUUCUAUUUGGUAUGGCUUUCACUUGUGGAGAUUCCCAGUAUGGCAGAUUCAUCAGCUUCCGAUGGUGGUGGAUCGGCAUUUUUGACUCUCAUGAUAGUUUUUCCAGCUCUGUCGCUCCUCGUCAUUACUCCACUCACGAUGCCAAGUCUCGUGUUAGUCAUGAGCCUUACGGGUAUUUUCGUAGACCUAAAUGCAAGCAAUGGUGGCGAAGCGGGGAACCAUCGCAACGUGACUCAGGAAGAUGUGAAGACGCACACAAGAAUCAUGCGUCGUACAUUUCUGAAGAGUCACUACACGGAAAGAGGAAGUCAACUACCUUCGUCUGUGACACCACCGCUUGGUCCCGCUAGUCCGUGUGACUUGCCAAACCCACUCUCGGACCAGCAAGACGCCGUGGGCUCUCCGACUAACGUAUUUCUCCGCAUCUAUGACUCACCAGUAUUCAACAAUGUUCGGCGUGUGGAUAGUGGGCCUCGUUUCUUUUCCGCAAACAGUGACUGCAUGAGCCGCAAUAAUUCACCAAGUCAUUCAAGAAAUGGAAGCAAGUCUGUUGGUAGCAUCGGCAAUGCGUCUGGGGACAAUAGUGGAUACAGCUCGAGAAGAGCAUUUGACCUCGUGGCUUUCCAGUCUAUGGGUAGUGGUGCCCUCGCUUCGACUGUACCCGAAAAGACAUGUAAAAAGAACAACCAUCAGGCUCCUCCUCAAUCGGCGUCUUCAUUCACCAGUAGCACAAGUAGUGCGUAUGGAAGUCCUCGGCCAUGUAAAAUGGAUAUCACCGCGCCUGGAGCAAAGAUGAGGCAGAGCCAGGGUAUCCAGAGGUCAGACGUACAAGUUGGUAAUACUGCGGUCAUUGACAACAAUGAGCUGCGGGAUGAUCUGGAGCAAGCUCAAAGUCCGGCGUCCGCGUCCUUCAAGAGUUACUGCUCCAAAUACGGCGGCUACCCAGACCUGUAA